AUGGAUAGGCGCUAUCACAAUGACGAUCAGGACGAGAAGGUCGAGUUAAACACUUAUCGCUACCAUGGGCACGACAGCAGCUUCGAGCACCCAGAACCUUUCGCACCUUCACCCAUCUCUCCCAGAGCCCUCACGCCCAUCAGACCCGGUCAUUUCCCUACCGACGAGUAUGGUCAACCAGUUUGGCUACAACCCGCUGCUCGGAUGUCCGGACACUCCGAUUCGAUCAACGGUUCGCCGUGGAAUACUCAAACACCGUAUGAUUCACGAUCAGCUUCCCCAACUUUAUACCAGGGUGGUGUGCAAGAAAGUCAUCAAAGUCUCGCCCCAUUGGUAACCGCGCCAUCUCCGCCAAGCUUCGAAAAAGAUUGGGUCAAAUCUGGAUCGAUUGCUCGAAUCCACGAUCGUGACGAUGUGGAUAUCUGGAAAGGAUGGAAGCGAUGGGUGUUUUUCCUCGUCCCAUUUUUGACAUUCGCGAACACGGGUAUCUACUUGUUCUACCUGGGCCUGCGGAUUUUCUGUAUUAUCAUGGCGCAAAAUGUUGCUGGAGUUUCCUACGCUGGCGCGUGGGUGUUUGUUGCCAUUGAAAUCACCGUUGCGAUCCCCUCGCUCAUGCACAACUGCUGGACCAUGAUGGCAUUGAAAAAGCGAGGCCGAGCCAAGUUGAGAUUGACUGGCCGGGAAUGUCCUACGGUGGAUGUGUUUAUCACCUGCUGCGGAGAGGACGAUGAUGUUGUUCUCGACACCGUUCGCGGUGCAUGUGACCAGGACUACCCCCGCGACUCGAUGCGAGUAAUCAUCUUGGAUGACGGCAAGUCCAAGACCCUGGAGGACGCCUGCAACCAACUCGCUCUGGUUCACCCCAAUGUUAUCUACAUGGCCCGCGAGAAGAUUCCUGGAAAGCCCCACCACUUCAAGGCUGGUAACUUGAACUACGGUUUGGACCAGGUCAACCUCCUUCCUGGAGGCGCUGGCCAGUUCAUGGCUGCCCUGGACGCUGAUAUGAUUCCCGAACAAGACUGGCUCCGUGCCGUCCUCCCCCACCUGUUGGUGGAUCCCAAGAUGGCCCUUGCAUGCCCGCCGCAGCUGUUCUACAAUACCCCUGCGUCUGACCCCCUCGCCCAAAGUCUGGAUUUCUUCGUGCAUGUUAUUGAGCCGAUCAAGGACGCCCUUGGUGUGGCUUGGUGUACUGGAUCUGGUUACGUCGUCCGACGCGAGGCGCUCGAGGAGAUCGGCAACUUCCCUCUUGGCUCGUUGGCUGAGGAUGUCGCGACUUCCACACUGAUGCUUGGCAAAGGAUGGAGGACCGCAUACGUCCACGAACCUCUUCAAUUCGGUACCGUCCCCGAGGACUUUGGUGGUCAUCUCAAGCAGCGUACACGAUGGGCCAUUGGAACCGUCGACACCGCCGCCAAGUUGAAGUUCUGUCUGUGGGGUGACGCUGUUAAGCAGAUGACAGUCGCCCAGCGCUUCUCUGGAUUCCUAUAUGCUACCCUCAGUGUAUACACCCUCUUACUGACUCUCUCCCUCUUCGCCAUUCCCAUCAUUCUGCUCUGGGGCAAGCGCCUCGUCGCAUUCGCGACUGAAGAACAACUCCGCUGGCUGAUCUGGUCCUGCUUCGCCGCGACCAUUUCCAACCGUCUCUGCGAAAUGGCCCUCUUCAUCCCAGCCGGCUACCACACCGGUCAACGAGGCUCUCGCUACCAACUCUGGAUGUCGCCAUAUAUCGCCCUCUGCAUCGUGCGCUCUUUCCUCCUCCCCACGUGGCUCGGCGGCCAAACCCAGGCCUUCAAGCCCACUGGUUCUCUCGGCUCCGCCCUCAACGAGCGUGAUCCCAAAAAGUCGAAGAACAUGUUCGUUCGUCUCCGCGUCAUUCUCUUCAACUACAUGGCCAGUUUCCACCUGGCCUUCGUUUACGUCACCCUGGUGGCAGUGGUCAUCUCCUCAUACCGCUGCUUCGCCCAGAACUCCAGCUUCAGAGACAUUAUCCUGUGUCUCAUCACGCACGCGUUCUGGCCCCCGCUCACCUUCCUCUUUAUCUGCACUUCGCUCUGGACACCCGUCUCCUACGCAAUUGAUCCUCCCUCCAUGCCCGAGCGCGAAGAACUCCUCACGCGCGACCCCAAGACCGGGGUCGCGCACCCGACCAAGAAGAGCAAGAAGAUCGCCUUUGGCGGCCAGGCAGCAUGGUUCGAGCUCGAGUACACGGUUGCCACUGUUGCGACGAUCUUGGUCUUUGUUUACUCCUUCAUUUUCUAA